UUUCAAAAAUAUGCUCAAAACGAGUAAAUGGUUAACAGAUUUCUCGUCGCAAAGUCUGAUACAAAAACGACUAAAAGGAGAUUGGCGUAACUUUGCGGAGACAACGGUAGUGAACGCAUAUUAUUCUGCAAUAGAAAACGCUAUCAUAUUUCCGGCAGGAAUUCUGAGGGGAAUGUUUUUCAAUUAUAAUAACCCUAAUUAUUUAAACUUUGGUGCGAUCGGGACAUUAAACGGAAUCAACACUUUGGGAGAGAAUAUCGCCGAUAAUGUAGGGGUGAGGGAGGCGUUCAAAGCAUACCAGGCUUAUGCUAAACUUUAUCCCAAAGAAAAGAUGUUACCCGGACUC